UUUAUCCUUCCUUAUAGAGAAUUUAAAUCUGAUUUUGUUAUAACAAAAUAUGCGUUUUUAUAUUGUUGUCCGUAAAUUCGAAAUCACACACCAGGAAAAUAUUAACAACGUUUAAGAGCGUCUUUCUCGUAUUGAAUGAAGAGUUCGUUAAAGGUGUCAUAACAAUUUUCUACUGCUAAUGAAUUAAGCAAAUAUGAGUACAAAAACAUUAAAUGAUAUUCAUAAUGAUAUAAAGCAAUUGAUAACAACAAUAACAUCAUUCGAGCAAAAUGAAGAAGGAUUUCACGUUUGCGAACGUUUUUGUACAACGAUCAUUAAACAUCAUCGAUAUCUGUCUGUCAAUAGUAAUACCACAAAAGAAUCUAUUAACUCUUUGAUUACAAAAUUUUCAAUUCAUGGAAAGUAUAAUGUAGCAAAAAAAUUUGAAGAACUUGUAAAUACAUUUUUAUCUAGUUUCGAGUUUGAACAACAUCCACAAUAUGAUUUACAAUGGUAUUUAUUAACUUUAUUGUUGGAAUUAUCUAAGGAAACUUGUAAAUCAGAUUUGGAAUGUUUAAAGUUAACGCGCGGAGAAUGUACUUUUAACGCGACAGGUGAAAAUGAAAAUGAAGUUACAGAGGAAAUUGAUUGGGCAGAGUAUUUGAAAGAUGGUCAAGAGAAGUUUUUUGACGAUUAUAAAAGCGAUAGUGAAAGCGAAUGGUCAGAUGAUGCAGAAGAUUCUCCUGACAUGAGUAUGAAUUUUCAAACACCUAUAACCAAUACCAAUUUAGAUAGAGCGUUAUGCAUACCAUGCACUAAAACAGAAUUAAGUAAAUUAUCUCUGGCUUUAAAUGAAGAACUUAAAUCUAGAAAUUGGUUGAUGUCAAAUGUUCAAAAUACAUGGUGGAAUGAAUUAGACUGGUGGAAAUAUCCAGUCAAGAGUAAAUUUUGCGAUGCAUACCUUUGUGAAAUUUGGCAUAAAGCGACAGAGACAGAUUUCUAUUCGUUUGGAACUCUUAGCGAAUAUUUAGUCUGCAGAGAAUUAUUAUGGAUGUUUUAUGUUCAAACACACAUGGUAGUGUUUCAACAAAAUGAAGAUUCAGAGUAUUAUUCUAUUCGCCCUAAUGUAUCCAUACCUAGCUUAACUACUGUUGCUUUUAAUAGCAUUCUUCUACCAUUUUGCGAAUAUUUUUCUAUGAUACGCGAUAUCGAGAAAUUUGGAAAUGAUCUAUAUUCGGAACAGGAUGAUUUCUAUAAUAAGCCACCUUUGACUUAUGAGGCAUAUAAUGCAGCACUUGGGCAACAUUUAAUAAAAUUUAAAAAUAAAAUACUUGAUAUCGAAAAGAAUCUCAUGAAACAAGAUAAUUGUUUUACGUUUCUGUCCUUAUCGACACUUCUAAAAAAACAUUUGUACAGUAUAAAAAUUUUAUACGAAGUUCAUAAAAAAGCCAUAUGUAAUUGGAGAGCUCAUUCAAAUUGGAAAUGUGCAUCCAAGUUAUUGUCGUCUUUGUAUUUUGAGAUGCAGAAAUCGCACAAUCGAAAAAGAACGAAUAUUUGUGCCAGUUUAUAUUUAUCUAGUCUUACUGUUUAUUUAAAUAUAAUUGACACAUGGUUAAGCGACGGUCGAUUCGAAGAUUGGAGGGAGGAAUUUAUAAUUGUCAGGUUUUCAAACAAUGCAGUUCCAGAAAAUAAUGAACAAUAUGGAGCAUUUUCUUUAAGACCUUUGGACAGUAUAUGUUUAGCAGAUCCGAUAAUGCAGUUUUUAAUAAAAAAAGUGCAGCAUAUGGGCCAAAGUAUCGAGUUAUUAGUAUCUUUUGAUCGCAUUACGGACAUAUGGCAAAUAAACAGUGAACGUAGCGAAAUAAGAAGAACUUUGGUGGAUGAAUUUUACACCAAAUUGGAAAUGGAAAUUUCGAAAUAUAGUACAUGUGAAUUACAAGAAGAAUCACCUAUAUUUCAAGAAAAUGUAGUAAUGGAUGAUGAGAACGAUGAAGAUGUGGAGAAGAAUAUCAUAGAGAAAUUAACUGAAUUCAAUAAUCCAUUUCUAUUGAAAGCUUUAGAAGGCUACAUUUCUCCUCAGUUAUUGAAACAAGAUACCGUUGAUGCUUGCUGUUCCAAUGUUAAGAUUACUAAAGUAGAUAUUAAUAAUUUGUUUGAAAGGCUCGAAAAAGUAUCGAAUUAUAUUUUGCCAUUUAGAAAAAUACUAGAAAGUAUUUUAGCAGAUAUUUUAGUUUCGCGAUAUAAUAACGCUAGUAAGCUAGUUAAACAUAUAAUGUCGGAAGAAUAUAAAUUAGAGUUACAUUUAACAUUAAUGAGAUCUGUUUAUAUGAUGGAAGCUGGACACAUCAUGAGCAAAUUCUAUCAAAAAUUGUUCACGGAGAUCGAAUCUAAUCAAAUGUGGAGUAAUUCUUACUUCUUGUCGUGUAUGCUCGAGGAAAUACUUUCUCAAUGGUGGCCAGAUUCGAGUUCACGUUGGUCUGUUACAGUUUCUAGUACUAAUACAAAUGAAGUAUUAGUGGCCGUGGAUAAUAUAACAUUACACUAUGCAAUAGGUUGGCCUAUGAAUAUUAUAUUCAAUGAAGAGACUUUCAUAAAAUAUAAUGAGAUAUUUAGAUUUCAGUUAAGGUUAAAAUGGGCUUUGUGGACAUUGAACAAUUUAAGAUUCAGUGAUUUGGAAGGUUCAAAAUUAACGUGUAAAAGAAAUAAAUUGGAACAAUUUCAUAUAAGGCGCAUUGAAAGCUUGCGAUUUUCUUUAUUACAUGCAAUUUGUUCGAUACACACAUACUUAUCAGGCCAGGUACUACAAAAUUUGAGCCUCGUAUUAGAAAAAUCGUUGAUGCAAGCUGAUAGUCUUGACGCGAUCAUAUCAGUUCACAAUGAAUAUUUACGAAAAGUUCAUGAACACUGUUUACUCACAACAGAGUAUGAUGAUUUAAUGGCAACUGUAAACAACCUAAUUGAAAUGUGCAGUCACAUUCGAUCUCGAUGGAAUUACAAGAAAUUAAUGUUUAUUAGUGAAGAGUUGGAAGUAUUAGAAAGCAGUUACACCAAGUAUCACACAUAUCUUGCUUUAGCAUUGCACAAUGCAAUACAAAAUAAAGAUGCAAAUUACUGUAAGUCAGAAAUUCUCUUAACCGCAUUGUACAAUAUAUUUCAAUCUGAUAUUCCUAAACUUAGUAAAAUAACUUCGAAACCAGAAACAUAAUGAAUUAUAAAAUUACUAAAUAAUUAUUUAUUCGUGAAAUAAUAAUUUUCAUCAUUUCAGUAGUUUUAAAAAUUCUUACUAAUAGUACCAGAAAUUUACAUAAUAGCAUGUCAAUUAACAUUGUCCUUUAAUUUAACACGUUUUUUUUUAAAUUACUUUGUUCACAGUGACUGGCUUAAGCUCAGAAUUUAACUGGAGUAUGUCGUGUGUUUAAUACUAAUGCAUUCUCAUAUUACAUUUCUUAAACCAAUAAUAAUGCCUGUAUCUAUAAGGAAUAACAUUGCAACAAAUUAUGUUACUUCUAGAAAUCUUUUUGUAUCAUUAUUAUUAAUUAACGCUACACGGAAAGAAAUAAUUUUGUAGAGACUGAGCAUGAUGUAAUUUAUACCUUUAUCAUUUCGUGCAUAUGGAUUAUUAUUAUA